AUGGCCGAUGCAUUUCGUGUGUUCAAACCAACAUCAAAGCAAGAAGAUAAUUCCAUCACUACUUCUGGAACUGAAAUCUUCAAAAUGCUUAAGUAUUUCCAGAAGAAAUUUAUUCUUUUUAUUGCAAUAUUAUUCCAUUGUUUAUCAGGAGCAGCUCCAUUGUUAAUGAAUGUUAUGUAUGGAGACUUAACUACUGGUCUAUCAACAGGAGAUAGCGAUAUGGUCAAAGCGAUAAUCCCUGUUGUUAUCAAAAUGGCAAUUAUUAACGGGACAAUGGUUGUUCUUUCAUUGAUUUCCCAAUUUCUGCGCGCGUAUUGUACCCCUUUGUUUUCUGCUGAUUUAAGAUCAAAAAUAUUUGAUUCCAUUAUUGAUCAAGAUAUGUCAUAUUUUGAUACAAUGAAUUCAGGAAUAUUGGUUUCAAGAUUAUCCGAGGAUGUAACAAUAGUCAAGGAAAUUUAUGUAGAUAAGUUACUUGAAAUAAUGCAACAUUUUAUUACAACAAUAGGAGGACUUAUUGUUGCACUCACAACAAGUUGGAUAGUUGCUCUGGCUUCACUCGGAAUAAUUAUCAUCAUUACAGUAAGCUACGUCAUUGCAGAAAAAGUAAUAGGAAAUUAUUGGCGUGAAUACAGUGACAAGUCAUCAUUUGCAUCUUCUAGAGUCAGCGAGGUAAUCUCACAAAUUAGAACAGUGAAAGCCAAUGAUUGUGAAAUAGAUGAGCAUCAGGGAUAUGAUAAAACAUUAGAAUCGAUCCAAAAUAUUUAUAAGAAGACAUCCAUUGCACAUGGAAUCAAGGAUAUGUUCUUCAACAUGUUUGGGAAUGGAUUAGUUGCAAUAGUUUGUUAUGUUGCAUGCUAUUUAAUAAUUAGAAAACCAAAGCAUCAACUGGUUCCUGGAGAUGUAAUGACAAUCAUGAUGUCCCUGAUGUUUGCAUCAAUUAGUUCGACUCAAAUAUUUUCAUGCUCAGAUAGCUUUAGAAAAGCAAAUAUUUCAUCAGUUAAAAUAUUGGAGUUAAUUAAUAGAAAACCUGCAAUAUCCAGAAGGAGUGGGAGUGAUAUUGGAAAGAUAAAAGGAGAUAUCGAAUUCAAGGAAGUUUCCUUCAAAUAUCCAUCAUCUCAAACAAAUGCUGUAGAGAAAUUGUCUUUUUCAAUAAAAGCAGGUGAAACUGUUGCAUUCGUAGGAGAAAGUGGAUGUGGAAAGUCAACAACAUUGCAAUUAAUCCAAAAGUUUUAUGAUAUCAAUGACGGUCAGAUUUUAAUAGAUGGUCAUGAUAUUAAAGAUGUUUCUCAAGUAUCAUUAAGAAAUAACAUAUCUUGUGUUUCACAAACACCAAUUUUGUUUUCAAUGUCAAUUGAAGAUAAUAUUAAAUAUUCAGUUGAUAAUGCAACAGAUGAUGAAGUGAUAAGGGCCGCAGAAAUUGGAAAUUGCCAUCAAUUUAUCAACGAACUUCAACAAAAAUAUCAAACUGAUGUUACACAAACUUCUUUAAGUGGUGGACAAAAGCAAAGAAUAUGCAUAUCAAGAGCAAUUCUCACAAAUGCACCAAUACUACUUCUUGAUGAAGCAACAGCCUCAUUAGAUGCACAAUCGGAAAAUUUAGUUCAGGAAUCUAUUGAGAACUUCAGAAAAGAAAAAACAACAAUAAUUGUUGCUCACAGGUUAUCAACAGUUCAAAAUGCUGAUAAAAUAUUUGUUUUCAGUAAAGGUACAAUAAUUGAAUCAGGUACUCAUAAAGAACUCUUAGAAAAGUCUGGCGCCUAUGCAGAACUUGUUAAAUACCAAUUAAAAUAA